AUGCCCGAAUUUAUGCAUCCAUUUUUGAAUGUUAUUGUAGGAUUCGCAGGAGGAAUUACAACAGUUUCUCUUUGCGUAGCCUCCUACUUAAUAUCUCUUUAUGGAAUGAUCGAACUCUUAGAAGAAAACAGAAUAUUCUUCAAAAAAUUUUCAAAAGCUGUUGGAGUCUUUGUUGCCGUGCUAGGAUUAGCACUUCCAUUACGUGGACAUCCAUUUUAUGCAUUUUUACUCGCAAGUUGGUGGUGCACUUUAUUAUUUGAAAAAAUCCCUGUUUUCUCUCUUUAUCAGAGCUUAGCAAAUGGUAUUAUUUCAGCUAUUUACUGGAUACCUAAGUGCAUGGACGAAGAUGCAACACUUUUCCAAUCAUUCGGUGAUUUCACAGUAUUUGUACUUAUUCCUAUUAGUUUUUGCUUAGUUUUAUUCUCAAAAGAUAGCGAACAACUUACAGCAAGAGGAAAUAUUAAACUUUCAGGACCCCAGAUUCCACUUGGCUCUUGGCUAAAGAAAUUAGGAUCAACACUCUCGAACUUAUUAUGA